GUGCACGUGCGUCUGCUUUGCAUUGCGAGCAGUGGAGGUUACUGAAUGAGUUGGAUUUUCGAUCUGCGACGCGUCUCUUUGCAGACACUGUGGCUAGUCAACAUUCUAUUGCACGGAAUGCUAGCGAGUGUCACCUUCGAGAGCCUGGCACACGCCCACGAGAAAUGUGCUGCUGCUAUUCCACUGGUUACAAAAGAAGCAAAGUCAGAUGAAAUUCACACCAGACAUGUAUCGUAUCUAGAUAGACCAAGAAUUCACUUUGCUGGUCGAUUUCGAGCAGAUACUGCAACAACCAACAAUUAUUUUAAUGGCUAUAUCAAUGCAGCAGCUCAGGGAAUAAGUGAAGACUGUAGUGAAGACUGUUCUAAAACAAUACAUCAAAAUGAAAGUAUGGAGGGUGUAAACUGGAAUCCAAUGGGAACUGGUGCAUUCUCUUUCUACAACGUGAGUGUAACAUCAGUGUGUCCACCACGUGCAGACUGUACAUGUGCUCAUCCUUUAGUUACAAGUCGAACAACCAUCACAACAGAAAUGGGAGAUGGUAGUGCCAAAAUGGCUGAUGUAGACCUUGAGUGGCAAAUGUCUCCACAUAUUUACGGACUCACUAUCACUUUAGUUGCCUCCAUGGGCCAAACAUCUCCUCAUAGAAGAUGGUUGAUAACAGGAGACAUGCGGCCGUCUGGUGUGACUGGUAUAUGGAAGGCUAUUUCAGGCUUUGAAGGGUUGCCUCGAUACUAUGAUUUGGAAGAAAUGCCAGCAUAUGUGGGCUCCUAUCAGUCAGUGUUGGACAACGUUCAAUGGAAUAAUGAAGUAUUGGAUGAGAUCUCACGUCAUGGUGAUGUAGAUUUGUUACUAGAGAUGCAAUCCAAGUCAAAAAGUCAACUCUCCAUAUCAUUCACCCUUUAUGGUUACAAUCUAUUAGGGGGAGAAGACUUCACGUAUGGUUAUCUAGUGGGGACUAUUGGAUUGGCCGAUUUUCAAGAACCGACUUCUUAUGUUCGAGGACGUUGCCUGCAUACCAGAAGACCACAUCUCUUCAGUAGAGCUCAGUUCAUUCUUCAAGACACUGGAGCUAAUAUAUUGACAAUAGACUUUGGCAAUGCACUAAAGCAAUACUGGGAUCAACCAACUAGAACCUACCAUUUGAACGUCAGUGCUAUGGGAUCAGAGCUUUGCUUAGCAAGGCAAGAAGAGACCAACAUCAUGACAGUUGGUAACGUUAGAAUAAGUGAUCAGUGGUAUACCACAACAGCAGGAGUACAAGACUUUUAUCUUUCACAUAAUGAAUUCAAGAAACUACAAACAAACUACUUGCACCUUGUAAACUGCAGCAACAGCAGUGAUAUUUUCAUGUCUGAAUCACAUUACUAUGUAAGACCCAUGUCUGACUAUGCUAUUCGCAUGGAUCCAGGAGAUCAACACAAACUAAAGUUCUUUGUGACAAAGUUUGGCAUACCAGUUAGAAGGAAAGAAAUUCGUCUUGUUGUACAUCCACAUCAUACAUGCAUUUCUAACAAAUGGGUUGAGACACCAUCAGCAGGUGUUGAAUGCCAAACAAUGAUCACUAGGGAAAAAGUACAAAGUGGUCUAAAAGUCAAUGGAUUCAAUUCCACAGUCAUUUCAACCAAUGAAAUGGGAGAAGCAACUGUAAUGUUGUCAUCUGGAAACCCAGGGAAUGUACGUGGUGUCAUUGACGGACUUGUCUACUUGAUCAGCUACCUCUCUGAUGACGACCCUGAGUAUCCACUACGAUAUCGAGAUUCAGUAAUAGGUGUCCGCGUGUUUGACAGCUUUUCAUGGAAUGAAGAGCCAACUUGGCAUGGCAGCAAAGGUGUCUACAACAUUUUAAAAUUGUAUGAUGACAUGUUUCCUGCCAUGAGAGCAGUACUCAAACUGGGUGAAUAUGACAGUGUAGUUCAAGCACGCAACAUUGAGUACAUGAAAAGGAGUCUCUCUCUUCCAAGAGAUCACCCACAUCAUAUGCCCUCAACAAGAGACCUCUCACGAGACAAGAGGAUAAUGUUGCUUCAAUGGCUUAAUCAGCCAUAUCCUCCCAAAAAAGAAAAACCAAUUCCAACCAUUGAAGAGUUGAGGUCUCAAGUCCAGUUGGCUGUUCUUAUAGAACACUAUACUAUCCCAGCCUACUUAUACCCUCUUUACUCAAUCAAAGAUGGCACUAAUCAAGAGAUUAGCGAAAUCAUUUUAAGUGUUGUUAUUGAAGAGAUGCUGCAUCUCUCAGUAGCUGCAAAUAUUCUAAAUGCAAUUGGUGGCCAACCUAAUUUUGAAAGUCCAUCAAACAUACCAAAGUAUCCCAGCAAGUUUCCGGGCAACAUACAACCUGCCUUGACAUUGCGUCUGUCUCCUCUCAGUCUUGAACUGAUCACAGACAUGUUUAUGCGCAUUGAGACUCCAGAGUCUCUAACAAGCAGAGAAAGUUAUACCAGAACUAUUGGUGGAUUCUAUACUGAAUUGCUUGAAAGCAUGUGGCAUUUAGAGACGGAGAAACAGAAGAAGAACGAAACAAUCUUUACUGGGAAUCCAGCCAGACAAGUGCAGCUUGACCUGCCAGAUCAUAUCAUGGUACCUAAAAUAGAAAAUUUCGACGAAGCUAAGAAAGCUAUUGAGGAUAUCAUCAUCGAAGGAGAAGGGUAUGAGACAAAGCCAAUCAAUCACCACAAAAGAUUAGCCCACUACUACAGGUUUGCAGAGAUCGCACAUGGAAAAAAGCUACUAGAGCAACCAAAUGGGGACUGGAACUACACUGGCACACCUAUAGUUCUUGAUUUAGACGGAGUUUGGCCUCUACCCAAUAAUCCUCAACUGUCUGACUAUUCUCUGAAUUCACGGGCAAGAAUGUUAUGUGAAGAAUUUGCAACCCUAUAUUUCAAACUCCUCCAUCACCUACAGCUGACCUUCAAUGGCCAUCCACAUAAGAUACGAUCUGUAACAUCAGACAUGUUUCUUAUGAAGAUGAAAGCCAAAGAGCUGACUACCAUAUCUCUCACGAAUGGAAACCACACUCAGCAUGCAGGCCCAACAUUUGAACUCCCCACAUGCUGACAGUUGCUAACCUAUGUUAAUACUAAAUUUAUGUCAGAGACAGUGUAACACUGAUCAGUCUAACCUUCUAUAUAAUUUAUUAACUGUUACAGAUACAGAUGUGAGCUUUAACUAGAUUUAGUGUGUAGGAAAACUGUUCAGCAGUCUAAGUUUUGAAUAAAUUGUUAAAGCAAAUUCGUAAAAUCUCAUCUGGAAACAAGAACUUGUGUUGUUGAAUCAAGAAAUAUGCCAUAAAACACUAACCUCCAUCUACAAUAUCUAAAAA